AUGUGGGCGUGGCCUAAAAAUGCUCCCAGCCCAUUGGUCAACGAGAAAGAUGCAAGGAAAGGGGGCCCCUCUCCAGCACUCGCCCUGGACCCUCCUGCGCUACAGACAGCCCCGAGACGGGGCCCUCGGACUCCUGGGCUCAGGAGGACUCAACCAGGACUUUUCAGAUGUUGCCGCGGGACCUUCCGAUCCCCUUUGCCAUCUCCCAAGUCUGGCCAGAUCGAUGGAGCUGGUGAGGAUUCCCUGCAGCUUGACAUUCAGAAACUGAAGGAGAAGAGUGACAUGCUGGACAAGGAGAUCUCCCAAUUAAUAGCUGAAGGCUACAGUGUGGGUGAACUGGAGGACCACAUCUCCCAGCUCCAUGAGUAUAAUGACAUCAAGGAUGUAGGCCAGAUGCUGCUGGGUAAACUAGCUGUGAUCCGAGGUGUCACCACUAAAGAGCUGUACCCAGAAUUUGAUCUGGACAUGGAUGACUGAGCAGAAGGCUAAUGGCCCAUUGUCCAUGACCAACUGGGAUUGGUGGAUAUGGACAUGAGAAGCAAUGAGAGCCCAGGCUAAGUUUCCAAGGGAGCUUGGGGAAGAGGGGAACACGGAGAAUGGGGACAUUCCCAGCUCCAAGGUUCCUGAAAUGUCAGGUAUAUGUAUCCUAUGAUAAAUAGAUGUACAAUC